CUCAAAUGUGAAUCCGUUGUGACAGCUAAGACUCUAAAAUACACUCUGGACUUUAUCAAAUGACCAUCAGCAGCACGACGGAGACCUCGCACACAUUCAGUGUUACUGCGUAUGCUCAUCUACCAGUUCCUGUCAUCACCAGAGACUCUUCGUCUUCAGUGUCAGAAUGUGUGUUGUUGUGUUCAGUGAUGAAUGUGACACAUGUGAGUCUCUCCUGGUACAAAGGAAAGAGUUUAUUGUCCAGCAUCAGUGUGUCUGAUCUCAACAUCAGACUCUCUCUACCUCUGGAGUGUCAGGGUGAUUCUUACAGUUGUGUGAUCAACAAUUCCAUCACAAACCAGACUCAACAUCACUACUGAAGACUGUCACACGUGUUCAGAUUACAUCAACUGUUGUGAUACUACUGAAGCUGUGAUCCGAUUGGUCGUCUCUGCUCUGGUGGGCGUGGCUGCUGUAGCUUUUCUGAUUUAUGACAUCAGAUCCAGAAGAGAUGAACCAAGAUCAUCUCCAAACACGCUUCAUCUAGAGAUCUUUUCUGUUACUGAUGGUUAAUCGUGACACGACUGGAGGACACGCCCCCUAGUGACAGAACACGAACAUUGACUUUCUUUGCUGUUCACAAACACUUCGUAUUUCCAUGUUGGUCGGAACUGCACCCAAGUUUUUCACCUUCUGUUGCACUUGUGUAUAUGGUUGAGUGACAAUAAAGGGAUUUGAUUUUGAUAACAUAAAAGUCUAUGACCAUGUAUUGAAUAGACUCCAUUUCAAUUUCGUCAUUUAUUUGUUUUUCUGAAAGGCCUUAUUAUGCUGCAUGCACUGAUUUGUGUUAUGCGUGUGUUUGCCAGCCCACAGAGAAGUGAAACUGAACAGUUAGUACACAAUUUAAAAUGACAAUAAAUCCUUUUCCAAUAGUAGUGUUCCUUCCUGUUACCAGGAGAGAUAUAGGUGAGAAAACCAGACAGACUGUGUACUUUUACGAAGUGACACACAGAGACGUUCAGAGGAGCACUCAUCAUUUAUUACAAAACAGUUAUCAGCUUUGUGUUUUCAGACUUCUGGACGAACACGUUCGGAUAAAAUGUUUCGCACGUUUUUGUUCAGUCUCUGCUCGUGGCGGCUGAUCGGUGAGUUAUAAACAUACAACAUUUCGAGUCAUGUGGUGUGAAAGCGUAGUUGUUUGUGUCCACAGUAAAUCUGUGACAAACCUUGUCUUUUGUUCUUCAGGCGUGUUUGGUGAUCCAGAUGAAGUGAAGUCAGUGUCAGUGAUGGAGGGAAAUUCUGUCACUCUAGAUAACAAUUUUGCUAAUAUACACAUGCUUUAUAAGAUACAGUGGACAUUUGUAUCUCAUCACUCUAUCAUAGUUGAAUUCUACACAGACAACGGGGAGAUCUUAAUAUAUGCUGAUGUUCAUGAUGGGAUGUUAAGAGGCAGACUGCAGGUGGAAGAUCAGACUGGAUCUCUCACCAUCACAAACAUCACAACUCAACACUCUGGACUUUAUGUGAUGAUCACCACCAGCAGCGCCAGGUUCAGCGAUGGCAUCCGUGUACUGAUAUACAGAUUCAAUGUUAUCGUCUAUAGUGCUCGUCUUCCUGUUCCUGUGAUCAGCAGUUACUGUUUGCAGAAUCCUCCAGCAUCAGAAAGAUCUUCAGUGUCAAAAUGUGUGUUGUUGUGUUCAGUGAUGAAUGUGACACAUGUGAGUCUCUCCUGGUACAAAGGAAAGAGUUUAUUGUCCAGCAUCAGUGUGUCUGAUCUCAACAUCAGACUCUCUCUACCUCUGGAGGUGGAAUAUCAGGACACAAACACAUACAGAUGUGUCAUCAACAAUCCCAUCUCAAACCACACACAACAUCUCAACAUCAAUCAACUCUGUCACAAGUGUUCAGACCAUCCUCAGCCCAACUGUUGUGAUGCUACUGAAGCUGUGUUCCGAUUGGUCGUCUCUGCUCUGGUGGGCGUGGCUGCUGUAGCUGCUUCUAUUGUUCUGGUUUAUGACAUCAGAUCCAGAAGAGCGGAACAGGAGAGAAGAUCAUAG